UAGAACAGCUCAACCAUACCCUAAAAACCUCUCCAAUCAUCCCCUAAAAGUUUCCAUAACCAAAGAAAAUUAGAAAAAUAAAUAAAAGAUCCAAAGACUGUAAAUGGAGGUAAGGUUUCUCGCAUGGUUCUUAUUUAUAUUGUGUACUCUUUGUUUAACAUGUUUGGGGUUUGAAGGCUUUCCCACAUCAAAAGUUGAAGAUUUCAAUCUUACGGAACCAAAAUUUGGAGGACAGCUUCAUGUGAGACAUGCAGCUGCAAAUAUCUCAAUUGGAUUAUAUGCAGAAAGCGAAAGAAGAGGAUUAGAGGGAAAUCAUGAUAUUAUUAAUGAAAGAAAGGGACAGAAAGGAAAGGGAACCUAUGGCGGUGGAAAUCCGGCUCAUCAUCCACGCAAAAAUAGAAGUCCAGCUUCACUAUCAUCAACUAUUUGUUUCAUGUCUACUGUUGUGAUAAACAUAAGCUUGGCAGCUUUCUUAGUAAUAUUGCUGCUUGGGGUGUUUUAACCUUCAAUAAGCAACUCUUAUCAACCAACAGGCCAACACUAAGAAGGCCUGCCUAUCUAUCAAUAGUUUCUGGGAUUUUAUUUGUUUCAUGAGCAUCUCUCCUUUUCAUUCAUGGAAAGCCAUCAUGUUAUAAUGUGAGCAAGGUUUGUGAUAAAUUCUUAUUAUUUUAUUAAAUAGUGUUUUA